AUGGUGAAGCUGGCCACGUUCGUACAUCGUAUGCCGCUGGUGUGGGAUCACGAAUGCUGGGCAGCAGCCACCGAGGUGUCGUUCGUUGUCGCAGCUGCCGGGGGCGCGGACAGCCUGGCCCAAAGAUUUUGGCCAGCGGCAAGGGCACAGCUCUUGUUGCUUUAUGCAGCCGCAGCCUUCUGGAAGUUGAACACCUCCUUCCUGGAUUACCGGACUUCCUGCGGCACGGUCAUUCUGACCCAAGUCUUCGCAGCCUACGCGCCGCCUGCGGCUGCCGACCUGGCGCCAAUGGUUGCCAGGCUAGCCCCCUUUGCCGCCUUCGGGGGUGAAGCAGUGCUUCCGCUAGCUCUGGGCCUGGUGCCUCGUGUGGGGGUUUUCCUGGCGCUGCUUUUUCACCUCCUUGUGGUGCUGGCACCCGCACCCAACUUUGCCGGAGGCUUUUCCGUGACUUGCGCAUCGCGCCUUCUCCUUUGCCUUCCUUGGGAGGCUGCCGCUUGCGGCCGCGUUUCGGCCUUGGCGGUGCUCGGCGCGGCGCUUGCCGCCAGCCUCAUUCGAAGCGCGGCCUUCGCGAUCUUUGUCAUGAUGUUUCUGAUGACUGGCUCAGCCAUCUUGGCCGCGGACAAAGGGUCUUCCGCUGGCUCAAAGUCAACUUUGACCUGGCCUUGUGCACUGGCCACCUUCGUGUAUGCCAUCGGCUUUCCUGUGCUGGGCCUUCAGCACAUGGCCUCGUGCUCCAUGUAUGCCAACUUGAAGCACUACGGAGGCUCCAACCAUCUGCUGGUACCUACUGGGCUACUGCAGGACGCUUUCCCUGCGACCUUCGGAAGCGAGCUGCUCCGGGUCGACGAGGCUGCGGGGCUGCUUGCGGCUCAGAAUGUGUGGACGGAGAUUGAACCGGAGCUUGCCACCAAUUUCCUGCGGGCUGCAAACCACAGCGGAAGGCAGUUUGUGCCGUACUAUGCCCGCAUGGGCUCCCUGGAUGCUGCCGGGGUGGCCUUAGAGGAGAAGAACGCGGCACUGCCAGUGGUGAUGCCGGCCUUCGAGCUGCGCCGCGCCCUGGCGCAGCUGCGCCGCCUCGGGCUCCCGGGCUCCGUCCGCUACGCUUGUGCUGAGGAUGUUUGA